GCUCGGACGCCUGGUGAGGGCCCUGUGCCGAUUCAGCCAUGGGCUGGGUGCUGGGGGGGGUCCUGCUCGCCUGGGUGUCAGUGGUUUGGGUGAGAGGGGCUGAGCAGUCCCAGGAGCUGUCCUCCUCUGCGGGGUUUUCAGAGUGCAAGCAGGCCCUGAAGCUCCCAAGUCUGGAAGUCCUGCCGGGAGGGGGCUGGGAUAACCUCAGGAAUUUGGAUAUGGGCAGAGUUAUCAACCUGAGCUACUCACUGUGUAAGACCACAGAAGACGGAUCUUACAUAAUCCCAGAUGAAAUCUUCACUAUCCCUCGCAAGCAGAGCAACCUGGACUUCAACUCCGAGAUCAUUGAGUCCUGGAAAGAUUACCAAAGUGUCACCUCUGCCUCCAUCAACCUGGAGCUGUGCCUCUUCUCCUCCAUCAAUGGCAAGUUCUCCUAUGACUUCCACCGGACCAAGACCCACCAAGUGAAAGACCACGCUGUCACCACCCGAGUGCAAGUCAGGAACCUGGUUUACACAGCCAAGAUCAACCCAGGGGCAGUCCUGGACAAGGGCUUCAAGAAGCAGCUGCUGAUGAUUGCCAGCCACCUGGAGAACAACCAGACGCGGAUGGCUGAUUUUCUGGCUGAGGUGCUGGUGCUUAACUAUGGCACCCACACCAUCACCUCCGUGGAUGCUGGGGCCAGCUUGGUGCAGGAGGAUCAGAUCAAGGCCACCUUCCUGAAGGACAGCUGGGCCGCACGGAGUGCGGUCACGGCCUCGGCAGGCGUGGCCUUCCACAGCAUCAUCAGCGUGAAAAACGAGGAGUCCCUGGACAUCAGCUCUGGCUUCACCAAGCAGUAUCUAGAGAACCGCACCAACUCUAGGGUAGAGAGCAUCGGUGGCACCCCCUUUUACCCAGGUAUCACCCUAAAGACCUGGCAGGAGGGGAUCAGAAACCAGCUGGUGGCUCUCGACCGCUCAGGGCUGCCCCUGUACUUCUUCAUCAACCCCAGCACCCUGCCGGAGCUACCCACGCCCAUGGUGAAGAAGCUGGCCAGGCGAGUGGAGAUGGCGAUCCGCCGCUACUACACCUUCAAUACCUACCCGGGCUGCACUGACAUCACCUCUCCCAACUUCAACUUCCAUGCCAAUGCCGACGAUGGCUCCUGUGAGGGUGUCGUUACCAACUUCACCUUCGGGGGAGUCUUCCAGGAGUGUGCGGGGCUGGCUGGCCCCGACACCAGCACACUGUGCCGGGCGCUGGAGCAGAGGAACCCCCUCACUGGGGCUUUUUCCUGCCCCACCACCUACACUCCAGUGCUGCUGGGCACGCAGGAGCGGGAGGAAGGCCACAGCCACCUGGAGUGCCACAACAAGUGCACCUUGGGCAUCUUCUGCCACCGUGUGUGCCAGGACAUCUUCUGGCUCUCCCGGGUACAGUUCAGCGCCUACUGGUGUGCCACGAACGGGCCAGUGGCCCCAGGCUCGGGAUACCUCUUUGGGGGGCUGUACAGCGCCCACAGCGCCAACUCCAUCACCGGUGCCCAGUCCUGCCCCUCAGGGUACUUCCCGCUGAAGCUCUUCGAUGAGCUCAGGGUGUGUGUGAGCCAGGAUUAUGAGGCGGGUGGCCAGUACGCAGUGCCCUUUGGGGGCUUCUUCAGCUGCCAGGCAGGGAACCCCCUGGUGGGGCAGCACCAGGGCACGGCUGAGGACCCCUAUGCCAAAAGCUGCCCCCCAGGCUUCAGCCAGCACUUGGCGCUCAUCAGCGAUAGCUGCCAGGUGCAGUACUGUGUCCGGGCUGGUGUCUUCACGGGGGGCUCCCUGCCGCCCGCCCGCCUGCCACCCUUCAGCCGGCCCCCCACCAACCUGCCGGCCAUCGACACCGUGCUGGUGAGCAGCGGGGACGGGGGCAGCGCCUGGGUCAGGGAUGGGCAGAGCCACAUGUGGCGGCUGGCCCAGCCCGAAGAGGUCCGGCACACGGCGGAGAUGGUGAGGAGCCGGGGGCUGACGGGGGGCGAGGUGGCUGGCAUCACCGCGGCAGUCCUGGCAGGGCUGGCCACCACCCUGGCCAUGCUCUACUACAGCCGCCAGAGGUACAAGGCGAGGGGGUACCGCGCGGUGAGCGAAGGGGACAGCGCGGCCGCCGCGAGGCCCGAGGACAGCACUGUGCUGAGCGUGGGUGAGGGGUACCAGCAAGAGCCAGAGAGGCUGACGGCGUGAGUGUCCCACCCCCCUGCAGCUGCCAGGUGAUGCCUUGUGCCCCAAACCCUGGCAAAGCCCCCACCCAACACCCCUUCCAGGGACAAAGCUGCGCUGCGUCACCAGCCCACUGCCCCUCACCCCCCGGAGCCAAGGGUCUCUCUCCCCAGGGGGGCCCCAGGCUCACCCCUCCACGGGGUGACACGCGCUCUUGUCCUCCACCGCACCCCCAAGCUCCAGCCUCGCGCACCUGGGAGGCUCCGUGGCCCGUCAGACAUCCCUCCCUGGCUGACCUUGGAUCCAACCCAGGGUCAGCCUGUCAUCAGCCCCUGCACCUCCACAGCAGCAUCUCCUCCCUCCAAACUGUCCCGGAGCUCAGCCCCUUCAGAGACAAAUGAGUUUCCCUUCCACUGCAAACCAUGCCCCAGCAGUCCCUCUGCCCCAAAACCAAAAAAGGAGGCCCAGGGCCCUUCAGCCAGCUGCUGGGGACACUGGUGCCCAAGGAGAAGGAAGCCCUGAGCACAGCUGUAUCUUCUUUCCCCCAGGCUGGCCCCAAAAAGCCAGAGGAAGCUGCGCAACACCCCCCUACUCUCCCCUGACACACAAACACACCCACAGGACCCCAGCCCAUCCAGGGUGGAGACUUGGUACUUGGGAAAACACCGGGUGAGGAUGCGCGCUGGGGCCCGACUCCUGGGAAAAGACCCCGAGCCCUGCAAGCCCAGAAAGCCCCCCCAGGUACUGCAGGCACCUAGGGCCAGCACAGUCGGCAUUAUCAAGGCUUCGCCUUGCAGGAGAGAAGGGAGCAGGGCGGCCCCGUGGAGACGUGCACGGAGUUAGCCACCAAUUUCUGUCCCCUGCAACCGGAGGGCAACCCCUGUCUCCAUGUAUAUCUAUCGGGAUAGAUAUACACACACAUGCAGAGAGGCACGGAUCUGUUUUAUUUCAGCCAGCAACUAAUUGCGUAGGCAACACAGCAUUAAAAAAGUCAUGUUAUGAAAAGACUGUGUCAUGUUGAGAGCCGUCCGGCCAGCACGCAGGGAGGGUGGGGGAAACCCCUCUCCUCCCCCAGAUCACGGGAGGGUUUUGCAUAGCUCCAGCCAGGGUUUUUCUGCAAUGGGGGAAGCCCGGGGCUCAGGUGGAGGAGAGAUCACACUGCCACAGCUCCCCUGGCUUCAGAGCCACCCAAAAGGGGGAUUUUCCUGGGGAAAGAGGUUUUUCUGCCUUGAGGUAGAAAAUAACAUCCCAUGCUAAGGACGGCUGGGAACAGACUAGUGCAAAGGCGACUGAGAGGGACAAGGGGUGCGUCGCCCUCCCCACGGUGCCCCCUCGCUCGCCUGGCCACACAGACGACGGACAGAAGACAACAGAGAGGCCAGGCCAUGCAGGGACAGCGAACGUCCCCUGCCAUCUCUUUUAUUGACCCCCACCCCCCCCACCUCCAUGGGGCGGCCAGCUAGGGGCAACACACCCUCCAGGAUGGGGAGAGGAAAAACAACGACAACAGAAUGAUGCACAGCAGGACGGGUCUCCUUCCUGCACCACCAUCACCUGGCACAGAGGGCAAGGU